GGUGGUUUUUGUUUAAGAAGAGAAGUUAGAAAAACAUUAGUCUCACAUGCAUGUCAGAUGUAACGUCUCCUUCAUCAUUACUGUUGAUGCACAUUAGAAGACUUUCUGACUGGCUGUGCAGCAGGACUGGAUGUGAUGAUGGAUCACUCUUUUCUCUGUGUGCUGGGGUUAUUCUGGCUGUAUACACUCCUCUGCACUGGACACACUCAAGGAGCUGUUCUGACCAUUGAUCCUAACUGGUCGACUUUUUAUACUGGAGAGUCUGUUACCUUCAUAUGUGACAUGAAGGAAGGAACAAACACUGACUGGAAAUACAGAAUCCUCAAGGAUGGUCGAGAAUUCAUUCCCUACAAUUCAAAUUCACGCUUCACAUUAAAACUUUUAUAUAUAAGUUAUAAAGAUGAAUACCAGUGCUGUGGUCGUCUGAAGACUUCACAUGAUUCAAAGUGCAGUAAUAAGAUCUUUUUAAAUGUUCGGGCAGAUAAACCCAGAGCAGAAGUGACAGCAGGAACAACAACCAUAUCAGUAGGAGGCAGCGUGACACUGAGCUGCUCUGUGGACAACUCUGCUGGAUGGAAAUACCAGUGGUUCAGACGAACCUCACACACUUCUGAAUUUAACUUUAAAACAAAUGAUGAACAAAACAGAAUCAUCAGUGUGUCACAGGGAGGAAUCUACAGGUGUAGAGGAGAGAGAGGAGAUCCAGCCUUUUACUCUGAUAUGAGUCAUGAAGCCAGUAUUAAUAUAACCUUUUCCAACCAGGUUGUUGUAACACGACAACCUGACUGGCCUCAGAUUUUCAGUGGAGAGAAAAUCACUCUGACAUGUGAGAUCCAGGGAGGAGAAACCACUGAGUGGAUGUGUGUAUGGAGACAUCUUGGGUCAAUCAUGGCGCAGAUUUCCAGUAAACAGUUAACUUUCACUGUUUCUGAGCGCAGCAGUGGAGACUACCAGUGUCAGUGUAAACGCAGAGAUGACUCAUAUUCUUCAACAAAGUGGAGUGAAGCCAUCAGACUGUCAGUAUCAGAAGAUGAAGCCAAAGCCACUCUGACAGCAGACAGUUCAAUCCUACCAGCAGGGGGCAGUGUGACUCUGACCUGUUCUCUGAAGAUUCCUGCAGGAUUCACUUAUAAUCUGUACAGAAAUAAUUACAUGAAACAAUCUGAUGAACCAGGAGGAGUUUUCAAGAUCUCAGAGGGAGGCAAAUACACCUGCAGAGGAUUUAGAAGAGACACAAACUUUAUUACAUCUUUCAGUAACACAGUCUUUAUUCAGCAAACUGUUUCCAUGAAGUCCACAGUGGUCCUGCAGCCCAGCUGGACUCUGAUAUACAGAGGUGAGACAAUCACUGCCAGAUGUGAGAUCCAGGAAGGUGGAGGAACUCAGUGGACGUAUGAAUGGAGAACAACCAGGUUAAAUAGACCUCCAUCAUCCAGAGAACACAGGAUCAGCAGAGUUACUGACAGUGGAGACUACAGCUGCCGGGGAAGAAGAGACGAGUUUUAUUUAACACAGUGGAGUGAUGUCGUCUCAGUAACUGUAUCAGAAGAUGAAGCCAAAGCCACUCUGACAGCAGACGGUUCAAUCAUACCAGCAGGGGGCAGUGUGACUCUGACCUGUUCUCUGAAGAUUCCUGCAGGAGUCACUUAUAAUCUGUACAGAAAUAAUCACAUGAAACAAUCUGAUAAACCAGGAGGAGUUUUCAAGAUCUCAGAGGGAGGCAAAUACACCUGCAGAGGAUUUAGAAGAGACACAAACUUUUUUACAUCUUCCAGUAACACAGUCUUUAUUCAGCAAACUGUUUCUAACAGAGUCACCGUCACCCUGCAGCCCAGCUGGACUCUGAUAUACAGAGGUGAGACAAUCACUGCCAGAUGUGAGAUCCAGGAAGGUGGAGGAACUCAGUGGACGUAUGAAUGGAGUACAACCAGGUUAAAUAGACCUCCAUCAUUCAGAGAACACAGGAUCAGCAGAGUUACUGACAGUGGAGACUACAGCUGCCGGGGAAGAAGAGACGAGUUUUAUUUAACACGGUGGAGUGAUGUCGUCUCAGUAACUGUAUCAGCCAGUAAACCCAGAGCCAGACUGGCAGCAGACAGUUCAAUCCUACCAGCAGGGGGCAGUGUAACACUGACCUGCUCUGUGGACCACUCUGCUGACUGGAAGUUUAACUGGUUCAGAGAUGGGUCAGUCUAUCCUGCAGCUCAGCUCAGAAAUAACAAUGAACCAGGUGGAGUCAUCAGAGUCUCACAGGGAGGUCUGUACCGCUGCAGAGGAGGAAGAGGAGAACCAGUUUUCUACACAGAAGACAGCCAUGUCGUCACCAUCGAGGAAACUCUUUCCAUGAAGCCCACAGUGGUCCUGCAGCCCAGCUGGACUCUGAUAUACAGAGGUGAGACAAUCACUGUCAGAUGUGAGAUCCAGGAAGGUGGAGGAACUCAGUGGACGUAUGAAUGGAGUACAACCAGGUUAAAUAGACCUCCAUCAUACAGAGAACACAGGAUCAGCAGAGUUACUGACAGUGGAGACUACAGCUGCCGGGGAAGAAGAGACGAGUUUUAUUUAACACAGUGGAGUGAUGUCGUCUCAGUAACUGUAUCAGCAGAUAAACCCCGGCCUGUCCUCUCUGUGUCUCCAUCAUGGCUGAGUCCUGGAUCCUCAGUAACUCUGAGAUGUGAGAUUAAACCUCCAUCUGCAGGAUGGAGGUUCUACUGGUAUAAAGCUGUUCCUGAUCUGUUAAACAACAGGUACAGUUAUGAUCUGCUGCCUGGUAGCACUGCUGGGACUGAACAUGAUUCCUACAUCAUUCAUGGACAAACACACACAGCAGGAUAUGUGUGUAGAGCUGGAAGAGGAGACACAGAGUAUCACACUGAUUACAGUGAAGUAAAGUUUCUCUGGUCUGCAGAUGUUCAUCCAGCAGCGUCUCUCACAGUGAAUCCUGACAGAGUUCAACACUUCACAUCUGACUCUGUUUCACUGAACUGUGGAGGAAACUCUACUAAGUGGAGAGUGAUGAGGUUUACAGAAACACAUCAUCUGUCACGCUGCUCCUCCUGGGGGAGAAUGACUGGAUCCUCAUGUAACAUGAACAUGAACUGGUACCACAGUGGAGUUUACUGGUGUGAGUCUGGAUCAGGAGAGUUCAGCAACACAGUCAACAUCACUGUACAGAAUUUUUAUGAUGGCGUCAUCCUGGUGAGCCCCGUCCAUCCUGUGACUGAGGGAGCUUCUGUCAGUCUGAGCUGCAGACGGAGAAAACAAAACACACUUUCCAGUGUUUCUUUCUAUCACAAUGACAAACUUCUCCAACAUGAUGGCAGAGAGGAGCUGAACAUCUCUGCAGUGUCACAGUCAGACGAAGGUUUCUACAAGUGUCAACAUGCAGGAAAGACGUCACAACAGAGCUGGAUGUCAGUUACAGCUGUGUCCAGACCUGAAAGCUCUUCAUUUCCUGUGCUGUUGAUGGUUGGAUCAGUUAUUGGAAUCAUAUUAUUGGUUUUCCUGCUCUUGUUGUGUCUCUGCAAACGGUCCAAGGAUUUAUGCUGCAUCAGGUGGAUCCAGUCACAGAGCAGCAGUCAGAGCUCCAGUUCACAUCCUGGAGUCAACCAGAAUGAAACUAACCAGUACAGCUCUCCUCUCCACGAUGCAGAUGAAUCCAGAGAUGGCACAUACUCUCUUAUUGAACUGAAACAUUUUGGGAAAAAGAGGAGGCAUCAUGAACCAGAGGAGAGUUGUGUUUACUCUGAAGUGAAGACAGGAACUGCAGAGUCCACUCCAGUGUACGCUGAAAUCAACCAUGAGAAUAAAGGAAAAGCCAAGAGAAAAAACAAAAAGUCCACUCCAGUGUACGCUGAAAUCAACCAUGAGAAUAAAGGAAAAGCCAAGAGAAAAAACAAAAGAAAGUGGAGUCCUGCAGCAGGUGAUGCAGCAGUUUAUUCUGAGGUCGGAUUAGGAGCAGCUCUGGAUAACAAUGCUGCCAUGUAGGCUGCAUGCUGUGCUGCUUUAUUCAGGAAAACACAAGACUGAAGAAAACUCAGUAACAUGCAGACGUCUUAGAUAACCUCAUUUGUUCUUCUUCUGUGGUUCUUAGUCUGUGAAGAGAAGCGAAGCAGCAAAGAGAAUCAUUGUAUGAAACUGCUGUUUGUAACUCUGUUAUCCAAAUAUCAGACAUGUUCAGUAGCUUCUGUUUUUAUGAUGCAACAUUUUAUUUAUCCUCUUUAUUUAAGCUCAAAGCUCAAGCUGCUCAUUGUUUAUCAUUUAGGCACUUAGUUACAUUUUAAUGUGUAAAUGGAGCAAAAGAUAAAAGUAAAAUAUACUUUGUUAUAUCUGCAUUGUAGCUUUAAUUUUUUUAAAUAUAUUUUUUGACAAAUUAUAUGAAAUUAUACGAUUCCAUACAUUUUUUUUAACCUGGAUGGAGUUUAAAUGUUUUAAUAUAUUUUUUCAUGAUUAAUUUUUAUGAUAACUUCAAACAUUGUUU